AUGAUUUUUCAGCAUUUUCUAAGUUUACACAAUGAAAAAAAGAUAAGUAUGUUCUUUUACACAUUUAUAAUAUUGUAUAUUAGUAAUGUGAGAAUAUUUUAUGACUGCUUAAAUUUAAAAAAUGAAAAAAAUUACAAUGUGCUUUUAAAAAAUGGAAAUAAUAAUAGUCCCUCCUAUUAUUUUUUAAACAGUAAUUACAGGAAUAAUAAUAAUUUUUUAAGAAGAAAGGAAAAUUAUCAAAGAGUACUCCUAUUGUAUAAUCCUAAAUUCAAUGACGGGGCUAAAAGGAAUAGUUAUAUUUUAUGCGCUCAUAGCAAAAAAAACAAAAAUAAAAAUAAAAUAAAUCAUAAUAAUAAUAUAACGAAAAGGGAAACAGUAAGUAGAAGGGACCGAGAUGAUGAAGAUGAUAAUUAUGACGAUGGUGAAAUUUAUGACGAUGAUGAUGAAAAUUAUGACGAUGAUGAUGAAAAUUAUGACGAUGAUGAUGAAAAUUAUGAAGAUGGUGAAAAUUAUGAAGAUGGUGAAAAUUAUGACGAUGAUGAAAAUUAUGACGAUGAUGAAAAUUAUGACGAUGAUGAAAAUUAUGACGACGAAUAUUAUGAUGACGAUUAUCCUUUUAACAAUGAUGAUAUAGACAUAGGUGAUAAAGAUACUCCUUAUGAAACGCAAAAAAGUAAAAUAAGGUCGAAAGAUGAAAACGUGGCUCAUCAAAACAAGGGAGGUAAUACAUUGUCACUAGAAAAUUAUAAAAUAAAAAAAAAUGCUAAUUAUGAUUUAGAAACAGAUAAAAAAAAUAAGGUAAAAAAAAAACAAGACGAAGAAAUGGAUGAAACAAAUGAAAAAGAUGAUAACAUAAAUGAUAAUAAUGAUGAUAAGAAUAACGAACAUAAUGAUGAUAUAAUGGAGGAAGAAUAUGAAGAGGAUUACAUAACCGAGGAACAUAUUAAAGAUUUACAUAAAAUAUGUUCAGAAAAAAUGAAUAAAGUGUAUGAAUUUUUAAAAAAAGAAUCUUAUCGAUUUAAUUUAAAUAAUGUUUCUAAUGAUAUGUUUGAAAAUGAAAAAGUCAAAAUUAAUGAACGUAUAUAUACAGUGAAACAUAUAUGUCAUAUUAAGAAAAAAGAAAACUUAUUUACUAUAACACCAUAUGAUCCAUAUUUUGUUAAUUUCCUUUAUCAACAUUUUAUAAAAGAAUUUGAUGAACUCAAAUUUUAUGUGAAGGAUAAAUCCCUUUACGCUAUUAUACCACCUAUAUCAGAAAAUUUAAAAAAUGAAAUCAAAAUGAAAAUCAAAAGAAAAAUUGAAGAUUCAAAAGUUACACUUAGAACCGUAAGGAAACAAAUGAUGGAUAAGUUAGAAAAAUUUAAAAAUAAAAUAGGAAAGGAUAUUUAUUUUAAACAGAAAAAUUAUAUACAAAGUAUACAUGAUCAAACCAAAAAAAAUAUAGAAAAAUUAUUUGCUGAUACAAAAUGA